AUGCGCAAGGCCAGCUGUCUGCUCCGUCCUGCACGAGCAGCGUCCAGACGCCGUUAUUCGACGCACCAACCGUCGUCCAAUGUCCAGAUAACGACGCUUCCCAACAAACUGCGUGUCGCGACGGACACGACGCCUGGCCAUUUCUCCUCGGUCGGCCUCUACAUCGACGCAGGCGCUCGCUAUGAGACGCCAGACACCACCGGGGCCAGUUAUUUCUUGGACAGAAUGGCAUUCAAAAGUACCAAGAACAGGUCCGACGAGGACAUGGCAGCUGCAAUCUCUUCGCUUGGCAGUCAGAUAAUGGCCUCGUCGUCGAGAGAAACUAUGAUGUACCAGUCCUCCCACUUCCACAAAGGAACGCCGCUGGCUCUCGAGCUGAUAGCAGACACUAUUCAAAACCCUGCUUUCGCACCCGAAGAGAUCCUCGCUCAGCAAGACGCAACGGCCUACGAAAUCCGCGAAUUCACAGCCAAGCCAGAGUUGAUCCUCCCAGAAAUCCUCCACAACGUCGCUUAUGGUAAAGGAGGAUUGGGCAACCCUCUUUUAUGCCCAGAGGAGCACAUUUCAGCGAUGAAUGAGGUCCUUUUGCGCGAUACGAUGCGGAAAUGGUACACGCCAGACAGAAUGGUCAUCGCAGGUGCUGGUAUGCGUCACGAAGAACUCGUCGAACUCGCCGACAAGUAUUUCUCGGGUCUCAAAGCACCAACACAGCCCUCAGCACCACGAACAAGUUCCCAGCCUUCACAAAGCGUCCCACCGCAUCUACUCUCACCAAGCGGGUCGUCCAUAGGCAAAACUCUUACCCGUGCUGCUUCUUACCUCUUCCCCAACCCCGCUCUCCCGAGUAUACCUUCGUUAUCACCGAAGAGCCCGACAUCGACAUACACCGGAGGACACAGGUUCAUCCACGACCCCAACGCAGAAUUCAACCACGUCUACAUCGCAUACGAGGGUGUCGGCAUUCACGAUGACGACAUUUACACACUUGCGACGCUGCAAGUCCUGCUCGGUGGCGGUGGAAGCUUCUCCGCUGGUGGUCCAGGGAAGGGAAUGUACUCGCGGCUCUACUCUCACAUCCUGAACCACUACCCUCAAGUUGACCAUUGCGCUUCGUUCCACCACAUCUACAUCGAUUCGUCGUUGUUUGGGUUGUUCGCUUCGUUCGUUCCAGCUGCGAAUGGUCAACAGGGAGGAAACACCUCAAGUCAGAUUCUUCCUCACCUGAUCAACCAGUUGAGUCUGCUUGUGUACACCGCUGUACCCAAGCAGGAACUUCAACGGGCGAAGAAUCAGCUCAAGUCGAGUCUGAUGAUGGCGUUGGAGAGUAGAGUCGUGGAGGUGGAGGACUUGGGUCGCCAGAUCCUUGUACACGGACGAAAGGUCCCUGUCACUGAAAUGACAGCCAAAAUCGACCAGGUCGACCAAGACGCCGUUAAGCGCGUCGCGACGCGACUCUUUGGUAUCAACUCGGGUAAUAAGCCCACUGUCGUUUGCAUGGGACACGACGACGUCUCCAACCCAGCGGAGGUCUUCAGACAUUACGGCUUGUCUGCAUAG